UGGUUGUCAAACUUAAACCUUAACUCCACAACGUCGAUGGGCCCAUCAUUUGGACUGUACAGCUGGCUUUGAGCUGGCGCGAAUUAGUAAUUCAUUGAUAAUCCGAGUCCAAGAAGACAUAAAUAUUACGGGGAACGGGGAAACUUUUGCUCAUACCUUGCGGAGUACCUCCCUUUCCUUGAGUGCAGAUAUUUAGUUUGUUUCCAGAAUUCAACUGGCCUUGUCAUUAUGCUUGAGACACCUCCGCGUAAAUCAUGCAGGGAGUGCAUACGAAAUUUUACCUGGGCCUGGUAUACAGUGAUCAUGGGUACUGGGGGUACAUCUGCACUGGUCCAUGCAUUUCCGUACGGGAACGAUAGUCCGGCGAUCAAGGCCGUCACCUUGGUCAUUUUUUCCCUAAAUCUCCUCCUCUUUGUCUUGUUUACUGGGGCUACCAUCGCGAGAUACAUCAUGUUCCCUGACAUCUGGCUCAAGAUGAUCCGCCAUCCAGCUCAGGGCCCACUCAUGGGUGCAUUUCCAGCGGGAGCUGCAACAUUAAUUAAUAUAGCAUUGGUAGCCAAUCAAGAAUGGAAAUUUGGAAGAAUUGAGUUUCUAUAUACGCUCUGGGGUUUCUGGUGGUUCGACUCCAUCUUAUCGUACCUCAUCGCCUUUGGAAUGCUACAUGCGAUGAUGGUGGAGCAGAAACAUGCCCUUCAGACCAUGACCCCUUUAUGGCUACUUCCAGCUAUCAGUCUUAUCGUUGCAUCUUCAACCGGUGGUUUACUCUCUGCUGCGCUUAAAGCUCAGUCGAUGAAGUUCGCCAUCUUGACAACCCUAUUCUCGUUUACUAUGGUGAUCAUUGGUCUCAGUCUCGCGUUGAUGAUGAUCACGGUGUACCUCGCACGCCUUAUCAUAAACGGUCCGCCAGAAAAGCCGCUCGUUUUGUCUGCUUUCGUGGCAUUGGGUCCCUUCGGUCAGGGAGGAUACUCGCUCCUUAUCAAUGGCCAGAACCUGUCCGAAAUCCUUCCGCUGCACGUCUCGGGCACUUUCCCAGGGGUAGCAGCUGGAGGGCAGAUGAUAUUCUCGUUCUGUUUCUGCGGAUCUUACAUCCUAUGGUCUAUGGGCGUCUGUUGGAGCAUCAUUUCCUCGAUUUCUAUAUUCAGCGUGCUCAAAAAGGAGGGGAACAUACCCUUUUCCAUCGCGUAUCAAGGAUUGAUUUUCCCGAAUGCUGUAUUUGCGCUUCUCUCAGUGCAGCUUGGGAAUGUUCUGAACAGCGGCUUUUUCUGUGGGUUUGGCGCGGCAUGGACAGUUAUUGUCUUCAUCCUGUGGUUGAGUAUCUUUGCAAGAACCAUCCUAGCAGUCGUCGACAGGUCCAUAUUUGUUGCGCCAGAUAUCGCAGUUCCACCCUUGCCACUUGAUAGUAAUGACAGUCUCGACAGUAUAAAACCUGCUGGAAUCAGUCAUACUUUGGCUAGACAACAGUUAUCACAUCUCAGCGACUUGAUGCCUUUUCAUACGAACUUCGUAAAAGUAGUACCAUGUUGAUAGCUACGUAUGAAUAUUAUGACAGGAGACUUAACGGUUC